AUGCCUGGACGGAUUCUGCCCACCUUCAGCCCAGAGGAGGUUGAGUCGCACAACAACGCCAAAUCCUGCUACGUGACUAUAGGCUCAAAAGUGUACGACAUCACUUCGUUUGUUGAUGAUCACCCAGGUGGUGGAGAUUUGGUUCUCGAAUACGCUGGAAAGGAUGUGGCCGAGAUCUUGCGGGACCCGGUAUCCCAUACCCAUUCCGAAUCAGCGUAUGAGAUAUUGGAGGAUAACCUGGUGGGAUUUAUCGGUACGGAAUCCAACUCAAAAUCAGCAAACGGGUUCGCUGCGAAUGGAGAGCCGGUUUACGCCACCACCGGGAUGUCCACAGCGGAGGAUCUAUCAGUGGAAACAGACGCCAAUCAGGACUAUCAGAAGCACCAGUUCUUGGACUUAAACAAGCCUCUCCUUAUGCAACUGUGGAAUAGCGGAUUCAGCAAAGAAUUCUACCUUGAGCAAGUCCACCGACCACGCCACUACAAAGGAGGUGAAUCUGCUCCCCUCUUCGGAAACUUCCUCGAGCCACUGAGCAAGACCGCCUGGUAUGUUGUGCCAAUUGUGUGGGUUCCCCCAGUCGUCUACGGGACAUGUCUUGGAGUUUCCGGUCUGGGCCAUGCUCCCGCCGCCGCUGGCUAUUGGAUGUUUGGGUUCUUUCUAUGGAGUUUGAUUGAGUACCUCAUGCAUAGAUUUCUGUUCCAUCUCGAUAAAUACCUUCCUGAUAACCGGGUCGGAAUAACCCUACACUUCCUUCUUCAUGGCAUCCACCAUUACCUACCAAUGGACAAGUACCGGCUUGUUAUGCCGCCCAGUCUAUUUGUGAUUCUUGCUGCGCCAUUCUGGAAACUUGCACAUGCAGUUUUCUUUUACAACUGGUAUGCUGCUCUGCUUGCGUACUGCGGCGGCGUUUUCGGGUACAUCUGUUAUGACUUGACGCAUUAUUUCCUGCACCACCGCAACCUUCCUUCCUACUACAAGGGGCUCAAAAAGUACCAUCUUGAGCAUCACUUCGCUGAUUUUGAUAAUGGCUUUGGUGUUACCAGCCGUUUCUGGGACCGGGUCUUUGGCACUGAGCUCGAGCUUCCUCCCCCAAAGGUUCUGAAGACCCAGUAG